UGAAACCUGCGCCAUAGCAAACAGAAAACACUAGCAAUUUUUUUUUUAAUAUUUAAGAAUUAAACAUAAAGUAUAAAUUAACAAGCAAAACAAAAUGUGUGGGGGCUUUACCUGCUCGAAAAAUGCGCUAAUUGCGCUUAACAUCCUAUAUGUGAUGAUUGGUUUCUUACUGAUUGGCGUUGGGGUCUAUGCUCGGGCGGCCUCCGUUGUCACAAAUCUACCAAUCGUUGGAGGAAUCCUCGCCUGCGGCGUUAUACUCAUCUGCAUAUCUCUGCUGGGCCUUGCUGGCGCCGUCAAGCAUCAUCAAGUGAUGCUCUUCUUCUACAUGAUCAUUCUGUUCAUGCUCUUCCUCAUUCAGUUCUCCAUUGCCAGCUCGUGCCUCGCCGUCAAUUCGGUGCAGCAGCAGCAGUUCGCUGAGCACGGCUGGAAAACGGUGCCACCUCAGUUGCGCAAACAAGUGCAGGACAGUUUUCUCUGCUGCGGCUUCAAUGGCACCACCACCAGCGUCGCCAACAUCAACAGCAACACCGAUGACGAGGAGCCCAGCUGCGAGCUAAUUAACCGAGAAUGCUGCGUGAAUUCGAAGGAUCCGCUCUGCCACUGCGAACCCUGCGGCCCCUUGUUGGAGGGUAAAAUUGAUUAUGCUUUCAAAUUGUGCGGCGGUCUGGGCAUCUUCUUCAGCUUCACUGAGGUCCUGGCUGUUUUUCUCGCGCGUCGCUAUCGCAACCAGCACGAUCCCAGCUAUUUGCCCGCACGCGCCGUUUUUCCACACAACUAUCAGUACUGAGUGAAGAUGGUGAAGGAGCUGCAACGAGAUCAAAGAGCCGAGGCGCAGGCAACUUUUAGUCAAUGGGACGAAGGCUGAUUUAUCGCAUAUUUUAUAGAAAUCUCCUAGCCUAAACUGAAAAUAACGAACAUUUCAGAGACAUCCUAAAUAGGCUUUAGUAAAGGUCUUCGAAUAGGUGCAUUAGGUGCUUGAUUAGUUCCUCGCUUAAAUUGUUAUGGAGAGAUUAAGUAUCCCACACUUGAGAUUAUAAUUGGUUUGGUGUUCCAUAUGAAUGCAAUAUUUGUAAAUUCUUAUAUAAAUUGUACAAUUUUUAUUUUUAAAUAUUUUAGUUAGCUUAUUAUACAUAUUUUUAAUUUGCAACUGGCAACAAUCAUAAAACUCAACUCAAACUGCUGUACCACAAAAAGAUAAA